AUGCGUUCGUCUAUACUUUCGUAUCUCGGAGUAACACUCCUUCUUCAGUGCAGUGUGCUUUUGGUGUAUGGCCAAGUGAAGUGCCCAGAAAAACCAUAUCGUGUCGUGUGCUACUUUGCAAGCUGGUCAAACUAUCGCGAUGGAAAUGGAGCAUUCAACAUCAGCUACAUCGUGCCGGAUCAUUGCACGCACCUGGUGUACACGUUUGCCGGUCUUAACAUUGAUGGAGGUGUCGAUUCCCUCGAUUAUCACAACGACAUCAAUGCAAACAAGGGCUACCAACGGAUAAUGGCCCUGAAGGAGGAAAAUCCGUGCCUUAAGGUGUUGCUCGCUAUUGGAGGAUGGAACGAGGGAUCGGAAAAGUAUUCUUUGAUGGCAGAGCAGGAAAAAUAUCGAGAAGCAUUCGCCGAUCAAUCGCUCCGCUAUCUGGUUCACUUUGGUUUCGACGGGUUAGAUCUCGAUUGGGAGUAUCCAACAAUGCGCAAUGGCAUCCCAGAGGAUCGAGAAAACUUUGUGCUGCUCGUGCAGACGUUGCGUAGAAAGUAUGCCCCACGACGGAAGCUGCUAACGGCGGCAAUCAGUGCCUCGAAGCAGAUCCUUCAGGCUGGCUACGAUCUACCGCGUCUGUGUGAGGAGUUGGAUUUCGUAAAUGUCAUGACGUACGAUUAUGCUGACGGCAAGAAGGCAUCCCUUAAUGCGCCACUGUACGGUGACUACAGCACCACCGGGGAAACCAUUGAUUCCACCAUUUCCUACCUCAGCAAGAGUGGCUGUCCGAUGGCAAAGGUUACGUUCGGUAUAACGACUCACGCCAAAACGUACACUGUCACUCCGGGGCGUCUGAUGGCACCGGGCAUUGCAGCAAUCGGACCGGGACAACCGGGUCCCUACACUCGCGCCGCGGGAUCCCUGGGCUAUAACGAGGUGUGCGAAAUGUUGAAACCAAACCGUACGGCUACCACUGGGCCACAGUGGGUGGUGAAGGCGUUGGCACAGAGUGCCGUCAAGUACGCGUACCGGGAGGAUCAGUGGAUGACGUUCGAUGGCAUCGAAACGAUCACGACGAAAGUGAAGUACGCGAUGGACAAAAAGCUGGGUGGCAUCAUGUUUUGGACGAUCGAUACCGAUGACUUUCAGGGUGAUUGCCACGGUGAAGCUUAUCCCCUGCUGAUGACCGCUCUACGCACGCUGGGCUACGUCAAGUAG